AUGCCCCCUUUCAAUUCGUCGACCGCUUCAUCAGGGAGUAUGUUAUCGAGCCCCUACCAGGCUCAGCCUGUUGAGCUGGCUGUUCCUCUUCCUUACCAUCAUGGCCAAUCAAGCCAGCAACGUAUCUCUGCAGCUUCACAAAAUGAGAUCCUUGGUACCUGGACCAUCCUACCGACAGGUACAGCUCACCAUUUUACAACCAUACAGGAGUAUGGCAACACAUAUGAAACCCAGCAAAGUCAAAUGCUGCAAGAAUCAAUCUUCAAAGCAAAAGAGGUUACAUAUCAUCGACACCUUCAUCUGCCUGCCACUCGAGCCAUUGCUGCACAACUCAUACUCGCUAUGCAGUUCAUCCAUUCUCAAGGUAUCGUUCACGGCGGUAAGGUUUUCGCAAAUAUCCUUCCUCGCUUGCCACUUGAUAUGCGAGACAUGACUCUCGAGCAGGUGUAUGCAAGGACGGGCGAGCCUGUAAAAGAUCAGGUCAUUCGCGAAGAUGGCACUCGUCUUUGUCCGGGAGUUCCGUCAGAAGUCAUCAUUCCUGUUUGGCUUGGUCCCAGCAGCGACGAAAUAUCCCUCGUGGACUCUGGCUUCAUGAUUGCAGAUUUUGGAGAAGCGUUUGAUCCUCAAGUGACAGCGCAGUAUGCGGCUCAUACGCCGCUCCUGCUCGCACGGCAGGAAUCUCGCCUUGCAAAGCCCGGAGGAGCAGACGAGCCACUCGCCUUUUCGGGAGAUACAUGGACUCUUGCAUGCACUACCUGGGAUCUUUUCGGCGACAGGCCCCCGCUUUGA